AUGUCGGGAUACAAGGGGCCGCGCGGACCCAAUGUGUCCCAGUACAUUGCCAAUCUGAACCAGCUAUCACCGCUCUCAGACAACCCUGCAGAGCCGCAACCUGUCACCGAGGACUUCUCUGCAUUCCUGAAUACCGAUUUCUUCGACAUCAACGGCGGCAUCAAUGUCGACCUCAACUCGCCCAUCGACUUCGGCGUUGACUUCGACAUCAAACCUUCGACUCCAUCCACAGCCGAGCAUACCCCGAGGAACAGCAUCAGCGCCGCCAGUUCAAAGCCCAACAUGGACUUCAACUUGAAUGGUGACUUCCAAUUCACAGACUUUUCCAACUUCAACACGGCGCCAAUCAUCGACACAUCCAUGCCCAGCCUGUCGCAGCCCCAACACAACAACUAUCCACUCCCGACUACAUAUGCACCGCAACCCAACGCUAUCUCGCCCAUCAACUAUGACGAUUCGGCAUCCAAGAAGCGCAAGGCCGAGGAUAUGUCUGUAGGCACACCCAUCCAGCACCUGGACGAGCACGCGCGCGUCGCAGCCGAAGAAGAUAAGCGCCGCCGCAACACCGCCGCUUCCGCGCGCUUCCGCGUAAAGAAGAAGCAACGCGAGCAAGCUCUUGAGAAGACCGCCAAGGACAUGAGCGACCGCGUGCAGCAGCUCGAGGCCAGAAUCGGGCAGCUGGAGACCGAGAACGCAUGGCUCAAGGGCCUGAUCACUGAGAAGAGCAACGGCAACAGCUCGACGUCCGACAUCAAGGCGAUGUUGACCAAGCAUGAGGAGCAGAAGGCUGGGCGGAGUAGUCCUGCGCACGCCGAGGGUGUGGGCACCACGGCGUAG